UCAAAUAACCCACCACUCCAUUCUCUCCACCUUCAAUAUAUAUAGGGACAUCCGUUUCCAUCAUUUGAACCAAACACCCACUAUUUUAUCUUUAACAUUCCAUCAUUUUCUCCCAGUAUUUUCCCUAAAUGGCUCCAUCAACACUGACCGCCUUGGCGGAGGAGAAGACUCUGAAUCCGAGCUUCAUCCGGGACGAGGACGAGCGUCCUAAGGUUGCCUACAAUGUUUUUAGCAACGAAAUUCCGGUGAUAUCUUUGGCUGGAAUCGACGAAUUGGAUGGAAGGAGAUCCGAAAUCUGUAACAAAAUUGUGGAGGCUUGUGAAGAUUGGGGGAUUUUUCAGGUCGUCGAUCAUGGGGUCGAUGCCGGAUUAAUCUCCGAUAUGACACGGUUGGCGAAGGAAUUCUUCGCUUUGCCGCCGGAGGAGAAGCUCCGUUUCGAUAUGUCCGGCGGAAAGAAGGGUGGAUUCAUUGUCUCCAGUCAUCUUCAGGGAGAGGCAGUGCAAGACUGGCGGGAGAUAGUUACCUACUUCUCUUACCCGAUCCGUACCCGAGACUACUCCAGGUGGCCCGACAAGCCGGAGUCAUGGCGGGCGGUGACGGAGAAGUACAGUGAGACUUUAAUGGGCCUGGCCUGCAAGCUCCUUGAGGUGCUGUCAGAGGCAAUGGGCUUGGAGAAGGAGGCACUGACUAAGGCCUGUGUGGAUAUGGACCAGAAAGUUGUGGUGAAUUACUACCCAAAAUGCCCACAACCCGACCUCACUCUCGGACUCAAGCGUCAUACGGAUCCGGGAACCAUAACACUCCUGCUCCAGGACCAGGUUGGUGGGCUCCAGGCCACCAGAGACAAUGGCAAGACAUGGAUCACAGUCCAGCCCAUUGAAGGUGCCUUUGUGGUUAACCUUGGUGACCAUGGUCAUUUCCUGAGCAAUGGGAGGUUCAAGAAUGCAGACCACCAAGCAGUGGUGAACUCAAAUUACAGCCGGUUGUCGAUAGCGACAUUCCAGAAUCCGGCACCGGAGGCCACCGUUUACCCACUGAAGGUAAGGGAGGGAGAGAAACCAAUACUGGAGGCACCAAUCCCAUUUUCAGAGAUGUACAGGAGGAAAAUGGGUAAGGACCUUGAGCUUGCCAGGCUAAAGAAGUUGGCCAAGGAACAGCAAUUGCAGGACUUGGAGAAGGCCAAGUUGGAGUCAAAGCCCAUUGAAGAAAUCUUUGCUUAAUAGAUUUGUUACUGUUGUUUCCUCAACACUAUAUAUGUAUGCUAUGUUUUAUGUCCCCAAUUACCACUGAAUCUGUGCUGCUUGUGUUGUGUUAGGUUGUUGGCCUCUUUUGAUGUGUACUUUGAUCUACCAAAUCACAAAUAUAUGAAAAAUAAGUUGGGCCUUUCUCCU